UAUAGAGAGUGGAGGGGAUCUCCUUUGGAUGGAUGAAACAAGGACUUAUUGAGUACUUAAGUUUUAAGAAGAGACAACAAGAGGGAUACGCUGAUUUUUUUGAGAGGGUAAUGAAUGAAGACACUCAGUCCCAUCUCAGGAUGGAGGCUACAGACAAACUCAACGGGCUUGGAGGGAGGAGGAGGCGGCCAAAGAAGUCGGACAGCAACACCAGUUUCCUUCGAGCAGCAAGAGCAGGAAAUAUUGACAAGGUUCUGGAGUAUAUGAAGGGCGGAGUAGACAUCAGCUCUUGUAAUCAGAAUGGCCUCAACGCUUUGCACUUGGCAGCAAAGGAAGGACACAUAGAGCUGGUCCAGGAGCUGCUGGACAGAGGGUCUUCAGUUGAUUCUGCAACCAAGAAAGGAAAUACAGCUCUCCAUAUCGCUUCACUAGCAGGACAAGGAGAGGCUGUAAAUAUCCUGGUCAAGAGGGGAGCAGACAUUAAUGCCCAAUCUCUGAAUGGAUUCACUCCUCUGUACAUGGCUUCUCAAGAAAACCAUUUAGAUGUAGUGCGGUAUCUUUUGGAGAAUGGUGGAAACCAGAGUACUGCAACAGAGGAUGGCUUCACACCACUUCCUAUUGCACUGCAACAAGGCCAUAAUCAGGUGGUGUCCAUCCUUCUAGAGAACGACACAAAGGGCAAAGUACGUCUGCCUGCCUUGCACAUUGCAGCCCGCAAGGAUGACACCAAAUCUGCUGCCCUGCUGCUCCAAAAUGACCACAAUGCCGAUGUUCAGUCUAAGAUGAUGGUCAAUAGGACAACUGAGAAUGGGAAGAGUGGAUUCACACCCCUGCAUAUCGCUGCUCAUUAUGGAAAUGGGAAUGUCGCAACACUGCUCCUCAAUCGAGGGGCUGCUGUGAACUUCACUGCAAGGAAUGGGAUCACGCCACUACAUGUUGCGUCUAAGAGGGGAAACACAAAUAUGGUUAAUCUGCUGUUGGACAGAGGGGCUCAGAUUGAUGCCAAAACACGGGAUGGCCUCACACCUUUACACUGUGCAGCAAGAAGUGGGCAUGACACAGCAGUGGAGCUCUUAUUGGAGAGAAGAGCCCCUAUGCUGGCCAGAACCAAGAAUGGUUUAUCUCCACUCCACAUGGCAGCGCAAGGUGACCAUUUGGAGUGUGUCAAACACCUGCUGCAGCACAAGGCACCUGUUGAUGAUGUCACACUGGACUACCUGACAGCCCUCCAUGUUGCUGCUCACUGUGGUCACUACAGAGUUACCAAACUUCUACUAGACAUGAGAGCCAACCCGAAUGCUCGAGCAUUGAAUGGUUUCACUCCUCUGCACAUUGCCUGUAAGAAAAACAGAGUCAAAGUGAUGGAGCUCUUGAUCAAAUACGGAGCAUUCAUUCAAGCUAUCACUGAGUCUGGUCUCACACCAAUCCAUGUGGCAGCCUUCAUGGGUCACCUCAACAUUGUUCUUUUACUACUGCAGAAUGGAGCUUCCCCUGAUGUUAGCAACAUACGUGGAGAAACAGCUUUGCACAUGGCUGCCCGUGCUGGACAGAUGGAAGUUGUUCGCUGUCUUCUGAGGAAUGGAGCCAUGGUGGACGCAAGAGCAAGGGAGGAUCAGACUCCGGUUCACAUUGCAUCUCGUUUGGGUAAGACCGAGAUUGUCCAGCUCCUGCUACAACACAUGGCUCAUCCAGAUGCAGCAACCACUAAUGGUUACACCGCCCUUCAUAUCGCUGCACGAGAGGGACAUCUGGACGUUACUUCAGUGUUGUUGGAGGCUGGUGCUUCUCACUCUUUAGCUACCAAGAAAGGGUUCACACCUUUACAUGUGGCAUCAAAAUAUGGUAACCUGGACGUGGCAAAACUACUUCUACAGCGGCGGGCACCCCCUGACUUUUCUGGGAAGAACGGUCUUACUGCUCUACAUGUUGCUGCUCACUAUGAUAACCAGAAGGUGGCGCUCCUGCUUUUGGACAAAGGGGCAUCUCCCCAUGCCACAGCCAAGAAUGGAUACACUCCCCUUCACAUAGCAGCAAAAAAGAAUCAAAUGGAAAUAGCUACCACACUCCUGCAAUACGGAGCUGAGACCAACAUCCAGACCAAACGGGGUGUGAUGCCGCUCCAUCUGGCUUCCCAAGAGGGACACAGUGAGAUGGCAGCUCUGCUUCUGCAAAGAGGAGCUAAUGUCAAUGUAACCACAAAGAUACGUGACCAACAAACAAAAUUGGGAUACACAACGCUUAUCGUUGCCUGUCACUAUGGAAAUGCUAAGAUGGUUAAUUUUCUGUUGAAGAGUGGGGCAAGUGUCAAUGCUAAAACAAAGAAUGGUUACACACCUCUACACCAGGCUGCACAACAAGGAAACACACAUAUCAUUAACGUCUUGCUCCAGCAUGGAGCCAAACCCAAUGCCAUCACUGUGAAUGGAAACACCGCUCUUGCCAUCGCACGUCGCCUUGGUUACAUUUCUGUGGUUGACACUCUGAGAGUAGUCACAGAGGAAAUUAUCACUACAACAACGACAGUGACAGAGAAACACAAGCUAAAUGUGCCAGAGACCAUGACAGAAGUCCUUGAUGUGUCUGACGAAGAGGGUGAUGACACCAUGACUGGUGAUGGUGGAGAAUAUUUGAGAGCAGAGGAUUUGAGAGAGUUAGGAGAUGACUCUCUACCUGGGCAGUACCUGGAUGGCAUGAAUUACUUGCGCUUCAGUUUAGAAGGAGGACAAUCAGACAGUCGCUUACAAAGUUUGGAUAGGUCCUACACACCCACUUACCAAAGACACUUCCCUGUAAAACAUUAUGGGAUGAUGGAGGAUAUGAUAUAUAGUAACCAGGUGUCUUCUCUUGCAAGAGAAAAUGAAAAGGAAUCAUAUAGCUGGGAAAUGGAAAACUUGGACAACAUAGCACUGUCCUCAAGUCCUGCUCAUUCUGGCCGUUGUUCUCCAUGUCAUGACCAUGACAAUAGCAGUUUCUUAGUAAGCUUCAUGGUGGAUGCCCGUGGAGGUGCCAUGCGUGGAUGCCGGCACAAUGGCCUACGACUGAUCAUUCCACCGCGGAAAUGCAGUGCCCCUACUCGAGUCACCUGUAGACUGGUGAAAAGGCACCGACUGGCAACCAUGCCCCCCAUGGUAGAGGGUGACGGUCUAGCUAGCAGGCUGAUUGAGGUUGGACCCUCUGGAGCUCAGUUCCUUGGUAAGCUCCACCUCCCUACUGCCCCGCCCCCUCUGAAUGAGGGUGAGAGUUUGGUUAGCCGCAUUCUGCAACUGGGCCCACCAGGGACAAAAUUUCUGGGGCUGGUGAUUGUGGAGAUCCCUCACUUUGCGGCUCUAAGAGGAAAAGAGAGGGAGCUGGUGAUCUUACGCAGUGAAACGGGAGAGAGUUGGAAAGAGCAUCAUUGUGAGUACACAGAAGAAGAGCUCAACCAGAUCCUCAACGGCAUGAAUGAGGGACUGGACCCACCAGAAGAGUUGGAGAGAAAGCGAAUCUGUCGCAUUAUCACUCGGGACUUUCCACAGUAUUUUGCUGUGGUGUCACGAAUUAAGCAGGACAGUAAUCUCAUUGGUCCAGAAGGUGGAAUUCUGAGUAGCACAGUGGUCCCUCAAGUACAGGCUGUCUUCCCAGAGGGAGCUCUCACUAAACGCAUCCGUGUUGGCCUGCAGGCUCAACCAACGUGUGUUGAUGUAGUGAGGAAGAAUUUGGGUAAUAAAGCCACAUUCAGCCCUAUAGUCACUCUGGAACCGCGGAGGAGGAAAUUCCAUAAACCCAUAACCAUGACCAUCCCUGUCCCGAAGAGCUCCACUGACCCAAUCCUUGGCGGCUUCGGAGGUGGAGAUACUCCUACAUUACGUUUGCUAUGCAGCAUCACAGGUGGGACCACUCCUGCUCAAUGGGAGGAUAUCACUGGGACUACACCAUUAACAUUCACCAAUGACUGUGUGUCUUUCACCACAAACGUGUCUGCCAGAUUCUGGCUUAUAGACUGCAGGCAGGUGCAGGAGUCAGUGAAAUUCGCCACUCAGGUGUAUCAUGAGAUCAUCUGUGUACCUUACAUGGCCAAAUUCGUCAUCUUUGCCAAAACACAUGACCCUAUUGAGGCUCGAUUACGCUGUUUCUGUAUGACUGGUGAUAAAAUGGACAAAACUUUGGAGCAGCAAGAGCACUUCACAGAAGUGGCACGUAGCCGAGAUGUGGAGGUAUUAGAAGGAAAGCCAAUCUAUGUAGACUGUUUUGGAAACCUGGUUCCUCUAACAAAAAGUGGCCAGCAUCAUAUCUUCAGCUUCUAUGCCUUUAAAGAGAAUCGACUGGCUCUUUUUAUCAAAAUACGAGACAACACUCAAGAGCCUUGUGGACGUUUGUCCUUCACAAAAGAGCCGAGAUAUUAUAGGACUUUGACUCAUAGUGCAAUAUGCAAUUUAAACAUCACCCUGCCAGCUUACUCAAAGGAGUCAGAUUCAGAUCAAGAACCUGAUGAGGAGACAAGCCGGACACUUGAGAAAUAUGAUGAAGACAAUGAAAAAACUGAAACCUCAUUCCUGAAAACACAAUUGAUCCGAGACUCUCCUGCUCUUGCAAGUCCAGAUUUACUCUCUGAAGUGUCAGAGAUGAAACAAGACCUUAUCAAAAUGACUGCUAUUCUGACCACUGAUUCCUCAGUGAAAACGGGUCCCAUGCAAGGGGAUUAUUUAGAUAAGGGGGUGGAGGAGGUGUCAGCAGAGCCUUUUGAGAUAAUGGAAAAAGUCAAAGAGGAUUUGGAGAAAGUUAGCAAAAUUCUGAGAAGUGGAACAUGUGACAAGGAAGAGUCUGCAAAAACAGACAGCCGUCCAUAUAGGAAGGAUGAGGGGUGGGUUCUCCUAACGGAAAGUGAAAUCGAAGAGGCAAAAAUGAUGGCUGCCUUUGAAUCUCAAGAAUCACGUCUAAAGGAAGUUCGAGUCAACAGAGGAUCACAGAGACCAAAGGGUGCUAGGGACAGGCCUGGCAUAGAGACUGUUCCCAGUGCUGAAGUUAAGGAAUACUUAUUGGAUGCACCUGAAACAUCUAGGCCUACAUCCCAAGAGUCUCCAUCACAGCAAAGGUUCACUGAGGUUGUUCUGCGCAGAGGUGGUCAAAAAAUAGUCCCUACAGUGGCAAAAGACACUAAGGCCCAUACAACAGAAGUAAAAAAGCCAGUCAGAAGAAAAGGACCUCAAGGCCACACCGAUGAAACCCAGUCAUUUAGCACAAAAGAAAGCAUUGCUAGUAAAAGUGCCAGGAAGUCUUCCAAAGGGGAUGCCUUUCUACCAGUCCCUGGAGACCAAAAAAAGUAUCCUGUUUCACCAGUUGGUGAGACACCAAUCGGUUCCAUUAAAGAGAAAGUUAAGGCUCUUCAAAAGAAAGUAGAGGAAGAACAAAAAGGUCAGAAAAAACGAACAGGCCAAAAACCUCUAUAUACAGCUACAGAAGCUAAAGCAUCUUCUGUUGUCAAAGAUCAGAAAACAUCAGGCCUGACUUCUUCACCCCAGAAGCAGUCUCCUUCUAGGUCACGAAGCUCUGAGCCUGGGAGACUAGAAGAAACCAUGUCUGUGAGAGAACUAAUGAGAGCAUUUCAAACUGGCCAAGACCCCUCAAAAAGAAAAUCUGGGCUCUUUGAGCACAAAGGGCCUUCCAAAACAGAAUGCACAAUAGUGAGUAAACCAGAGGCUAUCUUUACAAAGUCACAAAGUCUACCCCAAGCACGCUCACAUGAAGAAGUGUCUCUUGAUGUUUUAAAGCCUGAAGAUCACCAUGAAGAAAAAGAAGUCAAAAUUAGUCCACACAUAAAAUACUCUGAAGACAUUGAAGAAGAUACGAGUCAAAAGAGUCGUCAGCAUCCACAGGAAAAGAGUGGUGAGGCUUUGGUUUCUGGAAUCGUGUCAGCAGGUCAUUUUACUCACUCAAGCAUGACAACAGCAAUUCCUCAAAAUUUGUCAGAACAGCGCAGAGAUAUAUUGCCUGAUAAUGGUACAGAGAACAGUGCGUUUUAUGCCAUCUCUGACAGCAUUAGACAUGAAGCAUUGGUCGACUCACCCAAUGCCAGCCUCGCUGAAGUGGAAGCUCCUUUGAGUUCUGAGGAAAGUUACAAACAUGAGGGCAUGGCUGAGACUCCAGAAACAAGCCCUGAGAGCCUCUCAUUAUCACAGAAAAAAACAGCUCAGUCUAUACUUACAAAGACCACAAAAUCAGUAGCAGUCACCCCUAAAGCCAAGACAAGUAAAGUAUAUGUUUCCUUUUCUACUGAGAUGAAGACAACUAAUGAACAGGCAUCUGAAGCUACAGUUCAUCAUCCAUCGUUGAGCCAUGCAGUGGAUGAACCAACAAAAAGUGAGUCUAUAUCUAUUCCUCAUGCAAAUAGGGGGGUGAACUUUGAGGGGGAAAAAACUUCUGUUGAUAAGGAUAUUGUUUCUGUGUCAUCCAAGACAUCUAAAUCUCGAAAACUGACAAAAAGAACAUCUGAAACACUAGAGUGUUUUUUGAGUGAUGAGGAAUCCUUUGAUGGUCAACCAAUACCAACCUCUGCGGACUCCCUGGCCUCAAGGGCAGCUACACAGGAUCAUGGUGGUUUAGUGCUACCUCUUAGUCACCAAGAUUCAGAGAACCUUAGUCCAGUAGCUGAUGACUCUUUUACUAUUAGCCACAAGGACUCUUUAGAGGGUAGUCCCUUGAUGGAAGACAACUCUUCCCAUAAAACCCCAGACUCUAUUGAGCCUAGUCCAACAAAAGAAUCCCCGUGUCUUGACUCUUUAGAAAGCAGCCCCAUAGAGAUGAAAACCAACCUGGCUUUUCCACCUACAGUAGAACAACCCAGUGUGACCACAGGGCCCCUGACAUCCUCCAAAGCCCCUGAAAUCCCACCAGACAGUUUGCAUAGUAGAAUGCUCAAAGAACAGGAGGGUAAUGCCGAUGAUGACAGUUGUGAGCAGACGUCCCUGAUGACAAGUUCGGGUAAGAGUCCUCUCUCACCUGACACACCAAGUUCUGAAGAGGUAAGUUAUGAGGUCAAUCCUAAAACCCCAGACCCCAUGGUCCUGAUUGUUCCCUUUAAACCAUCAGUAAUCCCAGAGGAGACAGUAGAAGAUGACGAGUUGAAGUGUGGCCUGACACAGAGGAAAAUUACUCAAGAGGAAGAGAUGUUUAAAAUGGCUGCCAAAAUAAAAACAUUUGAUGAAAUGGAACAAGAUGCAAAAGACAAAAAUGACAAUAGAAAAGAUAGUGAAUCCUCUCAGACCUUGGUAGCAUCUGAUGCAGGAGAUGACAGCUUCAAAUUGUUUGGGCUUGCAUCCAAACAUGAAACAUCCUCUUUGGGUGAUGUUGGGUUUAGGGAACUCAAACAAGCCUCAGAGAUAGCACGGUCUGUUGAACCGAUCAUUAAAGUACAACCUCCCUCUCCUUUUCCAGCAGGUAUUCAUAAGAUCCCCCAAACACCUGAUGACAUUCAACAAACCAUGGCCCACAGUGCAGCAUCUUCAGCUGAAUCAGCAAUGAGGAGACCACAGUCUGUCUCAGAAAAGCAUACCAUAAAACCACACCUUCAAGGUGAGUUGAAGUGUGGCCUGACACAGAGGAAAAUUACUCAAGAGGAAGAGAUGUUUAAAAUGGCUGCCAAAAUAAAAACAUUUGAUGAAAUGGAACAAGAUGCAAAAGACAAAAAUGAAAAUAGAAAAGAUAGUGAAUCCUCUCAGACCUUGGUAGCAUCUGAUGCAGGAGAUGACAGCUUCAAAUUGUUUGGGCUUGCAUCCAAACAUGAAACAUCCUCUUUGGGUGAUGUUGGGUUUAGGGAACUCAAACAAGCCUCAGAGAUAGCACGGUCUGUUGAACCGAUCAUUAAAGUACAACCUCCCUCUCCUUUUCCAGCAGGUAUUCAUAAGAGCCCCCAAACACCUGAUGACAUUCAACAAACCAUGGCCCACAGUGCAGCAUCUUCAGCUGAAUCAGCAAUGAGGAGACCACAGUCUGUCUCAGAAAAGCAUACCAUAAAACCACACCUUCAAGAGUCUCUUAGUCAGAAAUUUAAGGACAAAAAUUAUGUUGAUUCAGAGUUAGUACAGCUGAACAAAACUGCCUCUAACAGCAAAAAUCUGGUUGCAAAUAUAACUGAUGAACAAAAAGAGCAAAGCUUAAAAAGAUCAAAAGGAAUUCAAGAAAUGUACAGUCAUGAACAACAGAAGGAGGCAGCUAAUUCCCAAAAUGUUGACUGCAAAUCACAUAGUCAAGAAGAGUCUAAUGUAACGGAUGAGAUUAAAGGGGAUUACAUGAGGCAUGCAGGGACAUCUUAUGUUGAUAUUUGUAGUGGCAGCUUAGAUAUUGAUUCUAUUCCAAUUAUUAUUGGGCAAACAAAAGAAACGUUUAAACCAGAAAUAUGUAUUUAUGAUGACACAGAGGAAGAUAAUGCUGAGGAGGAACCUCCUAAGACUGAAUCUAGAGGAGUUACAGCAAAAGCAGAGACAGACGCCUGGAAUUCAACGCGAGAAGAUGAUGAUGCAUUUGCAGCAAGAGUCAAAGAGGAAGAGCAAAAGAUCUUGGGUCUGGCUGUAGAUCGGCAUUCCCAAGGGGCUACUUCAGACAUAACACCAUCAAGGACACCCACUGAGGAGGGUACACCAACAAGCGAACAAAAUCCUUUCCUUUUUCAAGAAGGAAAACUUUUUGAGAUGACAAGAAGUGGUGCGAUAGACAUGACAAAAAGGAGUUACGAGGAGGAAGGUUUUGCAUUUUACCGAAUAGAGCAACCCAUUGUAGAGGUCAUAGCUGAAGAAGGAGGUAAUGAAGCUGUUAGAACAUCCAAUGAUGCUGAGAAUGAGAUUGGUUGUAACCUCUCUUUGCAAGUAAAUGCAGAGGAGGAUGAAGACCUCCUUAAAGAGGCUGCAGAUGUAUCUGUACAUUCUCCUGCUGGGGAUAACCUGACCGCAGCUGCAAAGUCAGAUUUUUCCAAAUCUAGACCCCCCAUCAAAUUAGAUAUUUCUGCCUCAACCAAAACCUCAGAGAAGAACCAAACAAUGUUAGAAAUUAAAUCAGACAAAGUUAUGAGUGAGGUACAUUUUGAAUCUGAUCCUGGUUCCUCUGACACUGUCAUAGCCAAUGUCCAGACAGCAGUGUCAACAGUUACUAGAUCAGUUCGUUCCCAACAAGACCAAGAGUCCUCAGAUUCCUCCCCAGAUGAUCAGCACUCAGUAAUAGAACAAACCAAAUCACCUGAAAAGACAGAAUCCCACAGUAAACUUGCAUCUAAGCAUUACACUGCAGCAUCUCUAUCAUCUACGACUAGAAAAGAUAUGUCCACCUCCAAAGAGGGAGAGAAACCAAAAUCCCGAAUCCCUGUUAAGGCCAGCUCCCUAAGGUCUGAAUGUGAAGAACUUGCCACGGAUAAGAAGUCAAAUUUGCCCAUAAAACCUCAAUCAAGGAGAAAAUCUGAGACAGACACAGGCCCAUCCAUAGCCUCCAGUUUAACAAAGUCUUCUAAAGUCAAGAGCUUCUGUGAAAGUGAUUGCACCAAAAAAACAGCCAAAAAGGGCCAGAAUCGUCCAACAAACACUGAUCUAUCCAGCACAACUAAGACACUUCCUUCGAAAUUACCAAUCAGGGGAAAGCCUGACCAGCCAGUUCAAACUUCCACACCAGCAAAACAAAAAAAGGUUCAGCGAACUGACACAAACAAACAGUCCAUUCCAUUUUUUGAAGAGAUUAGUCAUGAGGCAGCUAAGGUAGUGGAGAGUUUGGCUCAGGCAGAGAAAGACAAACAGGAGGCUGUUGCCUUAUCUGACGAUGAAAGCAACACCAUCAAUGCCUCAGUAAUAGAGAGUGAACCUUUCACUUACAUCCAAAUGACUUUCCCUGAGGAUUCCUUGGUUAUUAGGCCCAGAUGGGACAACCCCGUUGAGACGCAGAUGGAACAAAUCCCUGCUGAUAGAGUCCGAAGUCAAGUAGAUCCACAAGAUGAGGCUGACAGGAAAGAGGGUCGCCUGGCUGUAAUAGCAGACCACCUUGGUUUCAGCUGGUCAGAAUUCGCUCGAGAGCUUGAAUUCAGUGAGGUACAGAUCAAUCAGAUAAAAAAUGAGAAUCCAAAUUCUGUACAAGACCAAAGCCAUGCCCUCAUAAGGCUAUGGAAAGGAAGGGAGGGCAAAAAUACUACAGAGAACACUUUGAUGAGGACACUUUCAAAAAUAAAUCGUGUGGACAUUGUUAAUCUCAUCGAAACAAAAAUCAUCCAGUCCAGUCAAGACCAGUCAUCACACACCUAUGCAGAAAUUGAGCAAACCAUAUCAUUGGAUCAUAGUGAAGGUUUUUCAGCCCUACAGGAGGACAUGGACAGUCCCAGGCCAGAUCGGCGAGCAGAAGUCACACAAAAAGGAUCAGAACUUGGACCUCUGGUGGCAUCUGUCGAGGAUCUCUUCUGCAAUGUAUCUUCCUUUGAUGAUUCCAAGAAAGAGAGGUUGCUGACAGACAAAGAGAUGGGUUCAGAGGUGGUCGGAGCCUCAGCACACAGUUCCUUUGAUAUGGUUGGACUGAGGCAACAAUUCCCAGGCAAUAUCAAAAAAGGUGACGAGAUGCCCGAAAUCCCUCCUCAGGCUGUGACAGAAGAGAAAUACACUGAUGAGUAUGGAAACAUGGUGGUCAAAAAGGACCCCGAUGCAUAAGACACGCACUCAGAAAAGCACAGUAGUGAAGAAUGGCCAAGCCAAACAAACCCACCUGGAACGACUGGAGGACACCCCAGAUUCCCUGCGACCUGAUGACAUACAGCAGCAGCUGCAUCAGCUGCUUCAACGCUGCUGUACCCCAGAGGUGACUGAAGAGCCUGGUGUAGGGCAAGAUUCAGAUGCAGGAGAACAGGACAAACAAUAAGGCACCACCUCCUGCUAUGAGUUGUGGUGGGCAUUUAAUAGAAAUUUCUAAAAAUGUAUGUCUGUAGCCCUUUAUAAUAACACAAAAUAAUUCUUGACUUGCUUACCAGAUCCCUUUUAUUUAUUGCUUGAACUUUUCAUUCAUGGCAAAUAAUGGAAACAUUUUAACUGCAUUAUGGCUGAAUGUCUUUUUUUGUCUGACUGAAUUAAUUGUCUCAUUUUGUGACCAAAGAUAGUGUUAUCCGAAUUGCUGAGUGAUUUGUAUGAAACGGAGAUGAUUUUGUGUGUGUAUGUGUGUCAUUUUGGUUGCUGUGGUAUUGUAGAAGCAGAACUAAACAUAAUAAUGGAAAAUGAAUAUGGGUCAGUUUGGAUGCUGAGCUCAUUGUCUAGCCACUAAAGAUGUGAACACAUUUGUAAAUAAUGGACUUUGAAAAUGUUUAAAAACACUGUCAUAUACUCUUUUGUCUCCUGUAAGUGCUGUACAACUGCAUCAAUGGACUGCUGUAAUUAAAAACAUGUCAGAUUACUUGCUCAAAAUCUUUCAACAGACCUGAUAAAAUAUCACCAUAAUAUCUUUGGGGCAUGUGAGUUUGUAACCACAGUUAAUCAAGAGCAAGCAAUCAGCUAUCUGAUAUAACUGGCUAUGUAUUUAUACUGGCUAUGACUGAGACUUAAAAGCAACAAAUAUAUGUCAUGCUGUAGUUUUUCUUAAUCCCAGAAUGCUUCUGAAUGAUUUUUACACAGAUUACAUGAGAAUUUAUCAGUUUUAAGUGGAUGAAAUUGCUUGUUUUUUCCCCCCAUGUUGUCCACUGUUAAGGUAUUUCAUAGUGAAAGAAUGCUGUCAUUAUCUAUACGUCCAGUUAUUUUGUUCGUCAUUGACCUAUUUGUUUUCACGAGUAACAUUGUCUAAUUGUCUAACCUAUGUACAGAAUAUGUAUGUGUGUGUUCUCAGAUCACCUCUGUGACAAUGCAACAGUUUAUUCGAAACAUUUUUUCUUUC